AUGGAGCCUCUUGGGGUGAUUGAUGGGGUUUUUGUUGGUAUGCGGUACUUCGACGAGACACAACCUUUCCGCGCGACCUCGCUGCUCAGAAGUGCAACCGACAACCUUGCUCUUGAGCUGAAGACGAUCCCUGUGGGGGUGUCCCCGGUUCUCCAACCCCGAGAGAAGGCUUGGUCCUCAAUUGGAGAUGUUCGAGCUGGGGUGCAAUGCUAUUGGCGGCAUUUUGUGAGGGUAGCUGAUAGUCUGGAUGUGCCAGUCAUCACCCAUCUUCGUGAGAUGUACCGAGAUGCCAAGGGGCUUCUAGAAGCCGCGGUCUUUGCCUUCCGCAACACCUUGACAGGCCCCGCUCCCAAUGAUCUCAAAAAGAUCUUUGCCUUCUGCAGUCUCUCAUAUGUAGUCUCCAGUAUGCUGCAUGCGAGAGGUAGGUUUGAGAAGACGAAAAUGCUAGCUGGCAUUGCCCUCUGGUUCAAUGCCCUUGAGGAUCUAGCGGAGCAAGUGGCAUUCAAGCAGCUUGCUGAAAAGCUCUGGCCCGAAGAAUACCAUCGCCUUCACUUCAUCGACCUGGGUAGAGGUCAUAUGACCGAGCAGGCCAUGGGCGCCAUUUACGGCAGUGACCUGGCGUCCAGCUAUGUCUCCGAGUCGAGCUUUGGCCUGACGCCAUUGACUGACCUCCAGGCUUCCGGGCUCCAGAGUCCCCGAUUCUCAAUGGCCGAUUCUGCGACCCGAGACUCUGAUCGAUACUCUACAGACGCAGAGCAGCACUGGCAGCAACUUGCUCCAUCAUUUUCAUCCGAUCUAUCUUUCUCAUUCGACCCUUCCUUGUCGCCUGAUCCAUCCUUCUCGCCCGAGCUAUCCUCGAUAACAACUGCGCAGUCUUACUAUGCCCCAAGAUUGGACACCAUACCUAUUGUCUCACCCAACAUAGUCGAGCAGCCCACCACGAGCGGCGUCCCCGACACCACGCUGGCUUGCAUCAAUAGCCCCAAGGAGCUAUGCGACACCUCGGUUUUCGCCGCUGUACUUCAGUACUUCAAGGAUAACGGGGACUUCUGGUAUGACCUAUCCGGCCGAGGCGUGAUAUCGAAAGACAUACGUUCGCUACUCUCCUGGAACCAGGAGUGCACGCGAGAGAAGGAGCGCAUCCACAACCAAUUUUUAAGGCACCUAGUGUCCGAAAAGAAGACCAAAGAUGUCACAUCACGCGGGAUAGUCUCUGUAGUUGAGGCAUUAGUGGAGAUGGGGUAUUUGCAGAGCAUUGAAGAAGCCAUAAACUACAUGACUGAGAUUGGUAAGUCACUCUUCAGUGAUACAGGAGCUUGUGGCAGGUUUGUUUCAUGGAUUACUUCCAACCAGCCUCACGCCAAAGAGACAUUCUCAUGUCCUACCUGCCGUCAGGUGUUUAGUCGAAAGUGGAAUAUGGAGCGACAUUGCGUAGACGUUCACGACAAGACAGUCAAGAAAGAGGGAGGCCAGAAGAGGAGGGAUAGAGGGUCGAAAUCCGGCAAGGACAAUUCUUACAGGGGGUUUGUAUAA